CUUCUUUUCGUGACAUUUGUCAAGCAAGCUGUUCUCCGGUUCAGCGCUGAGCAAUUUUUAGUCGUAAAGUUGUUUAUCUCGACCGGGAAAUCGCAUCAACAUGGCAGCCGCCGUCGUAGCAGGCAAGGACAUCGAGAAGCCCCAGGCUGAAGUCUCCCCCAUCCACCGCAUCCGUAUCACGCUCACGUCCCGCAACGUGCGUUCACUGGAGAAGGUCUGCGCUGACCUCAUCAACGGAGCCAAGAAACAGAAGCUGCGUGUUAAGGGACCCGUCCGCAUGCCGACCAAGAUCCUCCGCAUCACCACCCGCAAAACGCCUUGCGGUGAGGGUUCCAAGACCUGGGACAGGUUCCAAAUGAGGAUCCACAAGAGGGUCAUCGACCUGCACUCUCCUUCUGAGAUCGUGAAGCAGAUCACGUCUAUUAACAUCGAGCCUGGAGUAGAGGUGGAGGUCACCAUCGCCGACGCGUAGGCACAGCUGCCAAUAAACUUUAUUUUGAUUUA